UUCCUCCAUGUUAUUAGCUUAGCCUAGCCUAGCCUCGCUAGCCUGGAGCAGCAGAGAUGGAUGACGGGGACGAGCCGAGCUUAGUCCUCUCUCACGGCACUGCUUCAGCCUCAAAGUCCUCCGGGGACAAAAUGUUCUCCCUGAAGAAGUGGAACGCUGUGGCCAUGUGGAGCUGGGACGUGGAGUGCGAUACCUGUGCUAUCUGCCGGGUCCAGGUGAUGGACGCUUGUCUCCGAUGCCAGGCGGAAAACAAACAGGAGGACUGUGUCGUCGUCUGGGGAGAAUGUAACCACUCCUUCCAUAACUGCUGCAUGUCUCUGUGGGUGAAACAGAACAACCGCUGCCCCCUCUGCCAGCAGGACUGGGUGGUUCAGAGAAUCGGGAAAUAAGCUUCAUCCCAGGCCGUCCUAUCGUCACACAGGGCCUGUGAUGGACUCGGCAGUGGACGGAGCCACCUUUGACACCCGCCCUCCUCCUUCUGAUCGCAUGUUUGGGCAGCUCUGCCUGUCAGAGGAGGACGAUGGACAGAAAUGAACGUACCACGGACCGCUGGGUACUGAUUGAUUUAAGAGGAUGAAGAGAAGGAGGAACCUGGCUGUGGUGAUUGGUCUCUUUAACUUCAUGUUAUUAUGAUCUGUGGUGCUGUGAGCACAUCCUGAAUAUGUGACUGUCUUUAUAAAAUAAUAAACAAGUGUUUAUGGAUGUUAA